AUGGAGCGCGACGCCGUCGACCGCAGUCGCAAUGCCAAUCGCACCGACGACGACGCGGCGGCCCAGACGGCGUACCACCGGCUGCAGGCGUCGCCCGUCGCCACGGCACGCGUCGAGCCGUCGGCCGCUGCCGCCGCGACAAAGCACUUCCACCGCCACCGGACCGUCGACGUGUUGCCGCGCGACCGCUCGGCGCCGGCCACGCGGGUCCCCAAAGUGCGGCACGCGAACCCCGCGCUCUUCCGCACGUUCACGUCGCAGCAGCCGCUCACGGGGCGACUGCGGCCGCUCCGCGACACGGGCGACGUCCCGCUGCCCGGCGCCCGCCCCAGCGCCAACUGGCGUCAGUUCACGCGCCAGUUGCCGCGGCCGCUCCGCUUCCGCCGCAACACGCGGUCCACCACGCGGUACAUUGACCCGGCGAACGCGGCGUCGCUGCGCUCGCGCGUGCGGGCGCGCGAGCACGAGGAGCACGCGCGCAACGCGCGCCACUCGCUCGGGCGCGACAGCUCGGACGACGACGAACGCGCGACUGCUGCAGAGGCGCGCAAGCUGACGGACUUUGAGCGCGCGAUGCAGACGAGUGCGCGCGUGGGAGACGCCGAGACAGCGGCGACGGACGGCGCGACGACGGGCCCGGGACGGGGUGGGGCCAGGGGGAAGCAGCAAGUGGACCGGAGCAGCAGUUUGCAGUCGACGGACUCGCAGCAGGUGACGGCGGCCGGACGCGACGGCGGGAGACCGUUUAAGAUUGUCAAGAUCAACGACGGCAACAACGCGCCGAAGCGGGUGCCGCGGCCGCCGGGGGGAGGCGACGGAGAUGAAGACGGACGCGGGGACGCGAUUGCAGUGAACGACGACGACGACGACGACGACGGGUUGGAGCACGAGGAGUACUUUGUGUCGAACGAGGUCAAGACGUCGCAGUACACGUGGUGGAGCUUCGUGCCCGUGUUCCUGUACCUGACGUUCCAGAAGACGGCGAAUCUCUACUUCUUACUCAUUGGGAUUUUCCAGAUGAUCCCGUCCGUGUCGCCGACUAACGGCGUCCCGCUGCAGUUCAUUCCCUUGGCGAUCGUCACGGUCAUUGACGGCAUCUUUGCCGGCUUUGAGGACUACAAGCGCCACACAGCAGACGAUCUGGCGAAUUCGGCCAAGACGCGGGUGUUCAAUCGCCAGCUGCGCGAGUUCGAAGAAGUUGAAUGGCGCGAGCUGAGAGUGGGCGACUUUGUCAAGGUUGCAAAUCGGGAGACCUUGCCAGCGGAUGUCAUGAUUAUGGCGGUAGUUCCUGCGAAAGGAUCGCGGUCGAAUGGCAACACGGGUCUGUGUUACGUGGAGACGAAGAAUCUGGAUGGCGAGACGAAUUUGAAAUUGCGAGAAGCUCCAGCACCGACGCGAAACAGUUUUCAGAACGAAGAAGAGGCCGGGUACAUUGUUCAAGGAUAUGUGGAGAGUGAACUGCCGAACGCCGAUAUCAACACGUACUCGGGCACGAUAUACUUGGAAGAGGGUCCGACUGGAGGCAGUGCUGAAGGGGUGCCCCUCACGCUGAAAAACAUGCUGCUACGCGGCAGCAAACUGCGCAACACCAGCUACAUCUAUGGUCUUGUGGUGAACACUGGCGUUGACACCAAGAUCAUGAUGAGUUCUGGUGACGAGUUUCCAGUGAAGAUUUCGUCCAUCGACGAGAUGACGAACAAGCAAGUGAUUGUUGUCGUCGUCAUUCUGAUGCUGAUGUCUUUCAUCGGUGCUACUGGGGACCGAAUAUGGAUGAAUGGCUUGAUCAUUCCAGCGUACUUGGAGCUGGAUGGCUGGGAUGACCACUUCAUCGUAACGUUUGUAUACUUCUUCACGACGCUCGCCUCAAUGGUACCCAUUACACUGUAUGUUUCCAUUACACUCGUCAAGGCUUUGCAAAGCUACUUCAUGGAGCGAGAUCUUGACAUGUAUGACGAAGGGAGCGAUACUGCUGUCAAAGUUCGCAACAUGCAGCUCAAUGAACAAUUGGGCCAGAUUUCACACAUCUUUUCUGACAAGACGGGCACUCUCACGUGUAACAGGAUGGAGUUUCGUAAGUGUAGCAUCGGAGGCCGGAGCUACGGCAAAGGAACGACAGCCAUUGGUGUUGCUGCCCGCAUGCGAAGUGAUUACAAAGGUGAGCAAGUAGUGGACGACGAAUCCGCCGACGAGAAGGACGUUGCACUCGUUGACGCACGCGCAGGGAAGCCGACCCCGAAUGUGAAGUUUCACGACAAGACUAUGUGGCGUGACAUGCAGGCCAAGAACGACCCCCAGAGCGGGAAAAUCGAGGAGUUUAUGACCCUGUUAGCGCUGUGUCAUGGUGUUUUGAUCGAGCGCCUUGAGCCUUCUGAAGAGGAUACUAGUCCGUCCAUUAGCUACUCGGCUUCGUCUCCGGACGAGCUUGCUCUCGUUUGCGGCGCGAAGCACUUUGGCUACGAGUUUAUUGACCGCGAGCCGGGCAGUGUAUCUGUCCAGAAAUCCGACGGCACUGUCGAUCAGUACGAUGUGUUGGAAGUCUUUGAGUUCGACUCGAACCGAAAGCGCAUGUCAGUUAUAGUGCAGCGUCGAAAACGUGACGAUGAGCUCCGGCUGAUUUCAGAAUGCGAAGAGGAAGACGUGCUGGUGCUUACGAAAGGGGCUGAUAGCAUGUUGUUUCCUCGCCUGGAUCCGACUUCCGCGAACAAUCGAGAGAUCUGUGCUGCAACAGAGAAACAUCUGGCAGCUUUUGCACAAGACGGACUUCGAACGCUAGUUGUGUGUACAAAGAGGCUAAAACCUCAAGUGUGGGAACAGUUCUAUGCAAAGUAUCGCCAAGUGUCUGCUGAUCUCAAUGAAGUUCAGGCGAAGUCGCUCGGCGAGCCAAACGCCAUUGACAAGCUACAGAACCAAAUGGAGUCGAAUUUGGAGCUGCUCGGUGCUACUGCUAUUGAGGACCGUUUGCAAGAUGGCGUACCUGCAACGAUGGAGUCCCUGGCUAAAGCUGGAAUUUGUAUAUGGGUGCUAACCGGAGACAUGGAGGAGACGGCCAUUAACAUUGGGUAUGCUUGUCGACUGCUGAACAACGACAUGAAGCGGCAUGUGAUCAAUGCGGCAAAGUUUCGAACGAAGGGCUCGAUUUUACGAAAACUCGACAAGAUUUUCCACUCGAUCCAUGAUAUGAAUGAUGAUGAGUCGCAUGCACCGACCGUGGAUGCCUAUGCGGCGUUGUCACCGCCAUCCGGUAACAAUGAACAUGCGCUAGUUAUCGACGGCGGGUCGCUGAACAAAAUAUUGGAAGACCCGCUGCACAACUUGCACCUGCUGCGUGUGUCGCUAUUGUGCAAAGUUGUGGUCGCUUGUCGUGUUUCGCCUCAGCAAAAAGCGCAGCUGGUCGAAUUGGUGAAGCUCAAUGUUCCGGAAUCACACACGCUUUCGAUUGGUGACGGUGCCAAUGACGUUCCAAUGAUCCAGAGCGCCCACAUUGGCGUCGGUAUCAGCGGGCAAGAGGGCUUACAAGCUGUGAACAGCUCAGACUAUUCACUAGCUCAAUUCAGGUUUCUGAGCAACUUGAUCUUGGUCCAUGGUCGGUGGAAUUACAACCGCGUUGCAGCUCUCGUCGUGUACACAUUUUACAAGAACAUUGCGUACAACGUGUCUAUGUUUUGGCACACGUUAUGGCCUACUGCUUACUCGGGCACAAUGAUUUACUCGGCAUUUAUCCAGCAGGGCUAUAAUCUCCUGUUCACGGCCCUUCCGAUUGUCAUUUUUUCGGUAUACGAUAAGGAUCUGCCAAAGAAGACCGUGCUGAAGUUCCCAGCACUCUAUCAUGCAGAGGCGCGUCGGACGAGCUUUUUCACUCACGUGAUGUUCUGGAAGUGGAUCGCGCUGGGCCUUGUCGAUUCGGUGGGAAUAUACUACGCGAUUCUGGCUGUUGGCUGGAAUAUUGAACGCGGGGGUAACACGAUCGAGUAUCUGUCGCUGCAGACCCUUGGCUGGACCAUUUUGUGCGUUGUCGUGAACAUGCGUUUCUGUUUGAUGGUAAACUCGUGGGACGUGCUUGAGAUCGGAAGCAUGGUUCUUACGAUCUUAACGAUAUAUGCAUCUCAAUACGCCGUGGACCAGAUUGACUGGAUCUAUGACACGGAUUCGUUGCCAUGGCAGUUCGGUCGCCCUCAGUUCUGGCUCGGUCAAGUGUUUGCCGUGGUGGCAGUUUUGUCGAAAGAUUUCUUCUACGAAGGGAUUCGGCGUCGCUUCUUUCCAGAGUACAUUGAUCUGGUAAAGGAGUCGCAGCUCAAUUCGUCGUCGAUUCCGUGCGAAGACCUGGCGGACUUCAAACCUCCUCCCGUCAAUUAUCUGAACUCAGAGCUGGCUGGAAUGAUCGACUACCAGGACCGUCGUGUACAUGAAAGUGCACCCGUUCGUCUCACGAUGGCGCGUCGCUCCGAGCUGCACACCGGGUUUGCGUUCGACAAGCCGGCCAACAUAGUCAAUUGGAUCUUGUCCGGAACGAACAACAGCAGCGGUCAGCUCUGUCGGAAGAAGAUCAACACAGACGUACGUAACGCGAUUUUGAACUCGGACGACCCGGUGUUAUUCGAAAAUCAGCGCUACCAGCCAUUCUGCGGCUACGGUAGCUCAUUCCCAGGUUAUCUGUUGCCUACGGAUCGCAAGCGCUGGAGUGAUCGUUCGGGCAAGAUCAGCGCCCAAGCUAUUCCCUUGGCCGGUCUAGAGCUAAAUAUGGACGUAGCGGGAUGCGAUGCUGACGGGUGGGUGUACGAAAAGGACUUUGCUUUCUUUCCGUCGGUGCCUCCCAACGAAGUCCAUGAAGAGGAGAAUGAAGACGAAGCUGCAACUGGUUCCAAUAGGCGGAGCAGCAGCACUGCGUUCCUAUCGUCUCGUCGAAAGAACAAGAAGAAAAAAGCGAAGAAGCCGCGUCCACAUCAUGGGUUUGUGCGUCGGCGCGAGUGGAAGCUGUCGGACGAGUACAAGGCGCAGGAGGAGUCGCGACGAGCACUCGAGCUUGACAGUAGUUGUUCGGUGGCGCAGGUUGACGACGAUUUGGGGCAGUCCGUGGUGUCGUCAAAGGAUGUAUAG